GCUGUAACAUAUUAUGUAUAUAAAACUGGGAUACUUUUGUAAUAAUACAGGAUAAUACCGAUUUUUAAUUUCGGUGUUGAUGCGAAUUUUAUUCAAUAGGGAGACGGCACAACAAUCUUGCAAAGAAGACCGACUUGUCAUUUAUAAUUUUACGGUUGUAAACAAUUGUUGUUGCCCUGCCAGCCGCCAAGUUCAACCGUCAAACGUGGUUCAACGCUUAGCUUUCAACAGCUCUGUAUUUAGGUUACGAUAGGUUAGGUUAAAUCAGCUUGAAUACAGAAUCGCUGCCCCUUGAUGGAAACACCGUAUAUUUGUGGACUUUGAAAAUGAGUGGCACCAAAAGUACAGAGGGUACGGGAUUAGAGGAUCUUGGAGUUCCAGGCCAAGUGUUUCUCAGAGAUGCUCUGACCAGCUGCACCGACCCCUUGAAAGCCAUCGAAGAGUUCCAGAUUCCAGCUAGAAAAUGGUAUUCUACUACCUUCGCUACGUCCGAUGUUACCGCUAUUGGACCUCCACGGCGUCAGGAGGCUAGACUUUCACGCCUCGGUAUUAGAGGAGCUUAGAGAAAAACUUGUGAAGCGGAUAGCUGAGAUUGGGGCUGAGCGAGGGGAAAAAGGGGGAAGCGACCGCAGACUGAAAGAUCUUUUGGCCAAAAGCUUUCCCGCCGUUAGAGUCGCUGCGCUCAGGCCAGUUGUUAUGUGUAUUUUAAGAAAUACCCCUCACAUCGAUGAUAAAUACCUGCGUGUACUGGUCAGGGAAAAGGAACUUUACAAUGACGCUGACACGGAGGUGAAACGACAGAUCUGGAAGGAUAACCAGAGUCUUUUCGGAGACGAAGUUUCACCUCUCUUUAGUCGCUACAUCAUUGAGAAAGAACAAGUUUUGUUCGAUCAUCGAAACCUGAAUGCCUUAUUUUUUUCACCAUCACCUAAGGUAAGGAGACAAGGAGAAGUGGUACAGAAGCUGGCACACAUGAUAGGUCACAGCGUGAAACUUUACGACAUGGUACUCCAGUUUCUGAGGACUCUUUUUUUACGAACUAAGAAUAUCCACUACUGUACUCUUCGAGCUGAGCUGUUGAUGGCGCUGCAUGAUCUAGAGGUUCAAGAUAUCAUAUCUGUAGAUCCAUGCCAUAAGUUCACUUGGUGCUUGGAUGCUUGCAUCAGAGAGAAAAACGUGGAUGUGAAAAGGUCUCGAGAACUACAAGGAUUUCUUGAUAGUAUCAAGAGAGGCCAGGAGCAAGUGCUUGGGGAUCUCAGUAUGACACUCUGUGACCCAUACGCUGUGAAUUUUUUAGCUAGUAGCGCAAUAAAAAUAGCUCUUCAUCUAAUCAAUGGGGAAGCUCUACCACGGGAUAACGCUGUCCUUGUUCUACUUCUGAGAAUGCUUGCCCUGGGCUUGUCAGCCUGGCAAAUGAUUGAUUCCCAAGAUUUUAAGGAGCCGAAACUUGACAGUCAAGUUGUGACCAAGUUUCUGCCAGCGCUUAUGUCUCUCAUGGUAGAUGAUCAGAUAAGACAAUUGAAUGGUAAGCUCCCACCAGACGAAAGGGAAAGUGCUAUCGCCAUUAUUGAGCACUCCGGACCACCUCCAGACGCGUGUCAAGCUUACGCUCAACUUUCUGGAGUUGCAGCUGUUUUAUCCAUGUAUCACGCGUUACAUGUUGGCGGAGGUGGAAGUGGAAGUGGGGGGAGAGCUCGGGGUGAUGCGAGAGGCUUAAUGAGGGUUUUGGCAACGCUACCAAAUUGCCAGGCGCAUCGUGCUUUUGAGGAUCCAUUUUUACACACGCUGGUAUCUCUGCUGAUCUUAAAUAUGGCUGAUGAGUUUUCCGGUGAAUCAUUUUGCACCGUCAUAUUCGACGAAUUCUUCCUGGCAGGAUUAGCCAGGGAUAAUGUUACGCGACACCUCUUGAAGCUUUUAUGGUACAUUCAUCCAAAACUUCCUCCGACGCGAUUACAUUCCCUGAUGAAAGCCCUGCAGCCCAAUAGUCAGCACAAUGAAGCCGUGCAUAGUCUAUAUCAAUCUCUCAGAGAAAAAAUUGGCAACCAAUCAACUGAAGAUCUUUUGAUAUCGUCAACUUCUAUGGAUACACUUGAAUGCCCUGAUUCACCGCUAGAUGUUGUCCCUACACCUGGGCCUCGUUAACUAUUUUACGUCAGCAAUACGAUUUUCCAGGGUAUGUGUGUGUGUAACUAGAACCUUAUUAUUAUACAUAAAUUAGAAUGUAUCGUAAUUCAAUAUCAGAAUAGAGUGUAUCAAGGAGAACUCAAACAGUUAUGAAUUGAAGGUAAGUUUUUGAAAAUCUUUAUAAUAGUCGUUGAAUUGAGAAAAUUGACGAAUUAAAUAGACUAUGUCGCCACCAAUGAAAAACUGCCUCCAGAUUUAAAGUGAUUUUCAAUGUAAGGUAAGCAUUUUUUACUUCCAAUGAUGUCCUUUAAGGAUGUCACUAUUGCGGAAACAACACUUGUCGCAUGUACAAGUACAUCGUAGAUGGUAUUUUUUUAAUGGUACUGUGUGACUCCCAAUGUGGUAACGUCACCUAGUGUAUCUGUACAAUUUAAUGCGAAAAUGAAACAGUUUCGGGUAUCAGCCCUUGUCUUCCAACACGGAAUUCCCCUUUUCUCCAACUGAAAAUUGAAUGUGAUAACAAAUGUAUCAUCAUAUGUAAAAAAUAACGUGGGUCAGCAAAUAAUUAGAAAACAAUUUUAUUUCACAAUUUUCAUUAUAUGCAUCAAGUUGUGAUGAGAAUAGUUAUCACCUACAUUUCGCACCUUACACUUAUAUUCGAUGAAUAUAACAUAAGAGGAAAAAGUUGAAUAUUCACAAAAAUAUUUGGUUCAUUCAAAAAUUCGGCUACCCCAUGUCUUAUAUUUCAACAUCAUUACUAUGGAAUAAAAAAAUAAAGGUUACAAGCUCAUUUCAAUCUAUAUCAAUUGUCUAUUCGGUUAAAUCAUAGCUGUCACAAUGGUUCUUGGAUAAUCCGCAAUUAUCAAUAUCGUUCUGAAAACACCGAGCUCAACUCUUGAUAUGCUAAAAUUAUAAGCAGCAAACCCAAUUUUAUCUGGUGCAAACUUAUUUUCGAUAUAAUGUUACUUUUUGCGACCAAGCCUGCGACUAAACCGAAUAAAAUUAUUGUACAUAUUUCUUAUUCCAAUUAUGGUUCCUGGGGUUUUUGCAUCCCCUGACUGUAUUAAAGUGAUUAUUGUUCACACGUCAUUGCUUUGAAAAUCAUGAGAUGCUUGUUUGAUUACUAUUAACAUUUCAAACUUUGCUAAAUCGCGGCUGCUAUACAGUACAUUAAAAGCAUUACUUAUAUCGCAACCAAAUUAAGAGUGUUUAGCCUCUACGUAUCAGUUGUCAUGUACGUAUAAUCAUAAUUAGGAUGCAAAUAUUUUCUGCUGACGGCAGAUUACUUGUAAAUAAAACAUCAAAGGGAAAAUGGAAAUGUAUGUCUCUCUAAAUGCCUAAAACAUGUCUAGAUAUGCUUAUAUUCACUACAACGAAUUCGCCGUUUGGCAAAGUUUCAGAUCCUAGAUAAGUAGUAAGGAAAAAUUGUAAAACUAAUUUUAUGCAGUUUCCACUAUUAACAGACACUGCCAUGCAACUCGUAGUAAAUAAUAACCAAAACUCUAUCGUCUAUGCGACGGAACACGUGCGUGC